AUGAUAGAAGUGGUGUGUAAUGAUCGUUUUGGGAAGAAGAUCAGGGUCAAAUGUCUUGAAGAGGACACUAUUGGUGAAUUCAAGAAGGUUUUGUCAUUGCAGUUAGGUGUUAUUGCAAGUAAGAUUGUAUUGCAAAAGGGUGGUCUGGUGUUAAAGGAUCACAUCACAUUGGAUGAUUAUGAAAUACAUGAUAACACCAACCUAGAAUUGUACUAUUUAUAG